GAAGAUAAAAAAGCAAGCGUCUCGUAGGUAUCAUCGCGUCGUUUCGUCGGUCGUGCAUCUCGCGUUCGUUCGUAUCCGAUUCGAAUCUCUCUCUGAUCGUGUACGUCCGAAACACAAUUCGCCUGACCUAGUUCCUCGACGUCGUGACCUCGUGACACCAGCAGAACGGUGGUGGCCGAUCCUCUUCUACCACCACUACCACCACCGCCACCCCGCAUGCUUCGCUCGAGUACGCGAGCAAUGUCAAAAGGCACGAUCCUCUUUCUUUCUCUUUCGUUUGCUCUCUUUCUCAUUCUCUUUAUCUCUUUCGUUAGUCGUUAGUUCUCGAUCCGAGAAAUAAGAGACGCGAGUUCCUUUUCCCCCUGUCCGACCAGUCACCGUCUUUAUCCACUGUCGUCGUACGACAGCGCCGUGAAAGAAGAGUGCGUUCGGUAGGAUCGCGUGCAUCAUUAUCAUCUUCGUUGUAAUCGCCGUCGCGGACAACGUGUUAUCGCAUUUUUCCGGCUUUCUAGAUUCAUACGCCACCCACAACGAAGCGUCCUCCUUUCUUGCGUGUCCUCGAAUCGCUAUCCAAUAAGAUUACGUUUGUCUGCCGUUGUUUACUAAUUGUAAGACUUCCCCGUUUAUUGCAACGAACGCCGUUGGUCGCUUUUCUUAACGUUUCUGAUUCAAUCUGUAAAAAAAAAAUUGUCGAAGCAAGGACCAAGAGCAGCGAUAGCGACGAUCGUGACUAACUUGUUAGAGACAUUUUUCACCCUAGAAGACCCGGCACCUAGACUGUUUCUUUCUUUCUCUCUCUCUGUCUCUCUCUUUUAUUUUUUCUUUGCUUUGUCUACCCUUCCCUCACCCUUUUCUUCCUCGUCUCGUCGCCCACCUUUCAUACGACGCCUUUUCUCUUCCCUUCGAACCUUCUCCGAGACGGUUUUUACCCUUCACUCGAGAAUGAUUGAAUCAGGUCAGUGUUUUCGACCAUAAGUUGUGCCUGCGCCUGCGCCCUACACGCUUAGCGCCACCCUGUUGAAAACUAGGGACAACCCAAACAUAAUAUUCCCCGUUCGAUUAGCCUUAUUCUAAUGGCACUCGUCACGCUGAAAUAUAACGCUCCCUUUCUUUAUUUCGCGCAGCGCGUACUCGUGUAACGUGCCGAUAACGUAGAGAGUGCACACGGGUUUCUGGAAAAAGGAAAAAGAAAAGAAGAGAACGAGAGAGAGAGAGAGAGACACAGAGAAAAGAAAUAAGAGAGACAGAAAAAGAGAGAGAGAGAGAGAAAGAAGGAAAGAAGAGAAAGAGGAGAGAUCAUUUUGCGUGCUCGCGUGCGUGCGUGCGUGCGUGCGUACGUGCGCUAGCGCGCUUCAUCUUUUUCUGUGCCUUUAUCUAUUUUCUGUGUGUAUAAAUCGCUAUAUGUCUUCUUCGUACGCGCAUACGUAUCGUUCGUGUUGUAUUUUCUACGAGUUCUACGUACAGCCUCGGUAAGGAAAAGAACAAGAAAAAAAAAGAAAAGAAAAGAAAAGAAAACGAUCGGGUACAAAGAUUCCGAGUGCAGCCAAUCGUCGACGUACCCUUCAUAAUUAGCACCACCGUCGAGUCUAAUGAACCCAGAGGAGUUACGGAGCAAGAGACCUUUUAAGAUAUGGGACAGUUGGCGUAAUGUAAGAAAGGGACUGGUCGUAAGCAAUUUCGAAGAACUGAUACAUCGUGGUAAAGAAAAACUGGGCGUACCGCAGAACGAGAAUGUUUCUUUAGUAUUGGAAUCGGACGGGACGCAAGUGGAGGACGGUGAAUACUUCAAGACACUAGCCAAUAAUACGAUUCUUCUUUUACUGCGGCAUGGUGAACGGUGGUGUCCAACUGGCGUCGACAUCAUACGAGCCGCGAUAUCGGCGAUACCGAAAAUAGUUUGCGAAACGAUCCACGCCCUGGAGCUGCACGAUGAGACGCCAUCGUGGAAAAUCAUGGACAAUAAGGGACGAGUCACAGUGGUCCUACACUGGGACCAACGUUCGUCGUCGUCGUCGCAGGUUCAAUCGCAGUCGAAGGGCACGGAUGCCCAGUCCUCCAAGUAUUCGCCAACAAAGAAAGCCGAUCUGAGCGGGAGUCAACGACCCUCGUUGGUGAUUCAAACUAGCCUUGACAAAUUGAAUUAUGUGGGAAAGCCAACGCAUCUGGCGGGCGAGCUUGGUCCCAGCAGAUACGCGAGUCCCCAAAUCACUGUGAUAAAUCAUGAUGAUAUGCAAGCGCAGCAACAGCAGCAACAACAACAGCAACAGCAGGCGCAGCAGCAAGCACACGGUAUGCCAGGUCGUCUGGUGAAGCAAGGAACGAACUCGUUCGAAAGCACGACCAUCCAUAUCCAUACGCCAGAGUGUUCAAAUCACAUUCAUCAGCCAGUAGCAAGGAACGGUAGUCCUGUAAACGGUGCGGACAACGGAACGACCGGGGAAUGCGACUUUCAUUGUUGCGCCCUACACGAGGAAGGUCGCAGGAUCGCCGUACACAAGUCGGUCGCGACCUCGCCGAUCCAGGACAGCCAACAUCAGCAGUACCAACAGCAGCACCAUCAUCCGCAUCAACAGCAACAGCAGCAGACCCAGACACAGACACCGUCGCCCCAACCGCCCUCCUCCCUCUCCGACGGCACGAGGCGAUCGGGACUCGGUAAGGGCCACGUCAGAUUCCGCGAUACGGCCGACGAGGAGUCGAGUCCCCGUCUAGGUCCCGGCAACUCUACCGGCGGCUUCCAUCUUCAUCAUCAUCAUCACAAUCAUCAUCAAGAGCACGACAGCUCCGAGUCAGAAACCGAGAACACGAUUAUGGAGGACGAGAUCGUCACAUCUGAGAAGUUUUUAUUGCUAAUAGAUCAGCUCACCGUAGAUCAAAAGCAUCACCUCAGCAUCAAGGACAUCGGCAUCAUUCUCGAACGUUUAAGCUCCAAGAUAUUGGACGUCGAACGAUUGGAUCGGGAGAGCGAAAGCGAGGAGUGUUACAACUGGACGAUCAAGGCCAUCAUCAGGGGUGACGUACUCCGAGAAUUGGGCGUCAUUUACAAUGGCAAUUAUUAUGCCAUCUCGGAGCAUCCGGGAUACAAAGAAGAGUCCGAAGAGAAUAAUGAGGAUAACGAGGAGGAGGAAGAGGAUAGACUUUAAUACGAUGCUGUUUUACUAGACGGACAGACAGACAGAUAAAUAGAUAGAUAGAUAGGUAGAUAGACAGAUAGAUAUGUAGCUAGUUAGAUAGAUAGAUAGAUAGAUAGAUAGGUAGAUAGAUUAUAUACCUAUUAAUGGUAUUAUUAACAUAGCAUUUACUAAAACGUAAAAACUUGUUGGGGCUCGUUUCGAUGACCACUGCGUAUUAGUGGGUCAUGGAUACGAGCCGCAAGAGAGAUUUGCCGACGUACUACUACCCGAGCAAGCGCGAAUUGUGUACGAAACGGAGUUGCACUUGAAAAGACGCAAGGAAAUUGUCGAGGGUCGACUGUUGCGAAAAAGACACGUUGCGGAUGUUCCGUCGGGACAUCGACGGAAAUUGCGAGGCCGGGUUGACUCGUAUCGGUUAAGCAUCGGUAAAAAGUGAUUUUUUCAAAAGGUUUUCAUAUAAUAAUACUACCACCACUACUACUAUUACUACUACUACUACUACUACUACUACUACUACUACUAAUAAUAAUAAUAAUAAUGAUACUAAUAUAACACUAAUGAUGAAAACAGAAAGGAAUGCAUUAUACUGAAAUCAUACGAUACAUUAUAAACUUAGUUCUAAAGACGGUUGUUGAAAUAUCUACUUAUUAAAUAGUAUGUAUACUUGUAGGAAACAUUUUUGGGAUUACGGACGUUGAUUCCGUAACCGUCCACAACACUGCCCUAUCUAAAAGAGAGAAGAGGAGGAAGAGGAGAGGAGAAAACGAACGAUGCGAUAUGUUACCUCUAUCAUAAGUGAAUACGACGACGACGUUUGCGCACGAUUUUUUAGAUUUAUGUUCGAUGCAUUGAAGUUGAACUUUCUUCAACUCCUUUUCACCUUUCUCUCUCUUUUUCUCUCUUUCUUCUCCUCUCUUUUUUUUCUCUCUCUCUCUCUUUCUCUCUUUGACUCUCUCUUCUUUUACGAACGAUAAAUUACCUCGAUCAUCACUAAAACUUGGUUGUAUCUUGCUCUAAAAAAAUAGAUAAAUAGAGAGAGAGAGAGAGAGAGAGAGAGAGAGAGAGAGAGAGAGAGAGAAAGAGAGGGGGAGAGAGAAAGGGACAGAGAAAGGGACAGAGAGAAAGAUAAAAAGAGAAAGGAGAAGGAGAUUAAGAAAAGGGUGAGAAAGAAAUUGUGAUAGAAAAGAAGAGAAAAGAAUGCUGCCGAUGAUGCGAAAUGAGAGAAAAAGGAAUGAUUAUAUAUACAUAUAUUGUAAGGAGAAAGAGCGAGCGAGUAUGAGAGUGAGAGAGAGAGAGAGAGAGAGAGAGAGAGAGAGAGAGAGAGAGAGAGUUAUGGAGAGUGCGAGAGCCAUAUUGUACAUCGUUUAUCGCCGAUGUAAAUUUACCAUAACGAGAAAAAAGGAAAAAAAAAAAGAAAACGUAACGCGCGCACGAACUUUCAAACGUCUCACGCUAACAUAAGAAACUACGAUGAAUUAUAAUCGUGCAAAAGAUGAAAACUUGUAUCGUUCAAUCGUCACGACCAGCCGUAAAUAGUCUCUCGUCAUACAAUGCACUCGCGUAUAAUAAUAAUAAUAAUAAUAAUAAUAAUAAUAAUAAUAAUAAUAAUAAUAAUAAUAAUAAUAAUAAUAAUAAUAAUAAUAAAAUCAGUCAAGAAACACUUCGCCAAAUACACGAUAUGCCAUGUACGAUAUUACAUACAUAUACAUAGACAUUACAUACAUACAUACAUACAUACAUACAUACAUACAUACAUACAUACAUACAUACAUACAUACAUACAUACAUACAUGCAUGCAUACAAGCAUACAUCCAACGUGCAUAGAUAAUUCAUCAUUCAGAAUUUACAUUAGUCGUAUAUACAUA